AUGUCCAGCGUCCGGAACGGCCGGGAGGCCUCGCUAGCCGGCAUAAAUAGGAGUGUCGGCUCGGCGCGGCACAAAGCGCGCCGGUGUUUGCAGACGCGGCGGCGGCAAGCACCGAGCAGCGAGCGGCGACCAGCACGCCGCAGUCAACAGCCCCCGCCGCUCGCCGGUCAGCCUCCCACUUUUCAAAGGCGCCGCCUCGCGCCGCGCGCUGUUUGCAGACUUGGAGGACGCUUCAGCCGCUCCUUAAGGACGCCGCCUCGGCGCAGCCUCCAGCUACCCGACCUCCCGUCCACAACACAGGAGCGCACGUGUGGCGGAAUUCUGGCCGCCGCUGCCGCCGCCCCCGCCGCCGCCGCCCCCGCAUUAGGCGGCGUUAUGUGUACCAGGUGUCGAAGGGCGCGCUCCCUAGCUGCCGACGCCCUCGCAUACCGUCUAAGUCGGAGCGGCGACUUUCCGUGCGAGCAGCAGGCUAUAGUUGGCGCGUUUAAAAGCGCGACGGCGGCGGCGCCACUGCGGCACUACUUUGCCCUCACAGGACCUCCGGCGCGCACCUCUGUGACGGUGGAGGCCGCGGGACCGGCUGCGAGCAAUGAGCAAACAGUACUACUCAGAUUAAUUAAUCUGCGCAUAACUUUGGCGGCGCUAGCGUCGCAGCGGGCUGCCGCCGGGGCGCCGCCGCCGCCUGCGACUGCGGCGCCACGGUGCGGGGACCAGACUGUACCACUCCGUGCGCCCCUCGCAGGGGGCAGCCGCGAGUGCUUUUACCCUUCAAACGCAAUAGUCUCCCCCCCCUCCCCCGCCAUUCCGCGGGGCCGCGGCGACCCCCGGCCGCCCACCUUCCGCCGCGCCACGCACACCUUUAUGCCUCCGGUCGCUGCAGCUGAUUGA